AUGAGCUCACAACCCCAUGAAGACUUGAAUCCGUUUCAGAUUCCAGACGACGAGAACACCACGCGCAAGCCUUCGCCAGCCGCCGAAAGCCCAGCCGCCUCGUCGCAUUCGUCGCUGACGCAUGAUGCGCCCGAUGGCGCCGCUUCCACAUCAAACAGAGUGCAGGAGGACGACGAUGACGACGGCUGGACGGGCUCAUCCUCCCGCGCCCAAAUCAACACAGCCGAUCAAGUUACGGCUAAAACUGGCGUCGCCGCCGCCGCCAGCUCGUCGCCCUCUUCGGUCAGCCGAGCGACGUUUGCGUCGCCACCUUCUGUGAUCGAGAUUGUGGAUGCGCAAAAGUCGGGCGAUGGCGGCUCGUCGUUCAUCGUCUACGUCAUCCGCAACGGAAGUACGGAGGCGAAGCGUCGGUACUCUGAAUUCGAGGCGCUGCGCGAGGCGCUCAUCCGACUGCAUCCGACCAUCAUCAUCGCACCGAUCCCGUCCAAGCACUCGCUCUCGGACUACGCCGCCAAGCAGAGCAAGGCCAAGGAGGACGCGACGAUCAUUGCGCGGCGCAAGCGCAUGCUGCAGAGCUUUCUGCGGCGGUGCGACAACCAUCCGAAGCUGCGGGGCGACGAGGUGCUGCAAAAGUUCCUCGACGGGCGGUACCACUGGAACGACAUUACGGCCUCGCCUCCGCUCGUGCAUCUGCCCAAGAACAACCUGCGCGCGCCCGUGCAGAAUCCGGCGGAUCCGCAUGCAAGUCCUGCGUACGCGCAUCUGCCGCUGCCGUCGUCGGUGACGUCGCUGCGGCAGCCGAACCAGCGCUUCAUCGACUCGGAGGCGUUCACGAACCGAUUCGCCAACCAUCUGUCCGGCAGCAUGGAGAAGGUGAAUCGACGUCUGAUGCGGCGAUGGACCGAGGCGUCGACGGACUAUGCCGAGCUGGGCGCCAUCCUCAAUGGCUUUUCGCUCACCGAGUCGGGCGAGCUGGCCACGGCGAUCGAGCGUACGGGCCAGGCGGCGGAUGCGGCGUACAUCGCCACGGGCCACAUGCUCAAGGAAUGGGAGGAGAAGUUUACGGAGCCGCUGCACGAGUACGCGCAGUUUGCGAGUAUCCUGCAGAAGCUGCUCAAGUGGCGCCAUCUGAAGCAUCUGCAGUACGAGCUGGCGCAGGAUGCGCUCGAGGCGAAGAAGACGCAGCUGGAGGAGCUGGAGCGCGUGGAGAACGAGGCGAGGCGGCUGGAGGAGGCGCUGGAGCGCGGUGGAGCUGGGUUGAUCGGCAGCGGAGGACGUGUGACGGGCGGCGGGAUUGAUGCCAACGGCAUUCGCGACGGUGUUGGCUCGGGUUUCCGCCCGUCUGCUUCGGUGUACGGACGGGCGAGUGGUGAUGGCGAAGGAGAGAGCGCGGGCCAGGGCAAGAGCAAGAGCAGUGGCGAUGAUGCAACGGGCACGGCGGGGGAGAGCGGAGGAGCCAACGGAAUGGCGAGCGUGCGGUCGCGAGCAGCGUCACCGCCUGCCUCGCCGUCGAAGCGAUCGUCGUCGCGCUCGACGGGCUACGGCUUGUUGGGCGCCAUCACACACACGUUCCAGAGCGUGAUGGACGUGGACCGGGAUGCGUCGCGCCGCAACAACAUUUCGAAGCUGCGCGAGGAGAUUGCGCUGCUCGAGGAAGGCGUGGCGCUCACCUCGAACGACCUGCACUAUGCCACGACGGCGAUCCAGACGGAUCUGGACCGGUUCCAGCGCCAGAAGGUGAGCGAUCUGCGCGACAUGAUGCUCGAGUUUGCACGCAUGCACCGCGAGUUUGCGCAGGCGAAUCUGGACAACUGGAAGGAGGCCAAGCAGGCGAUCGAGGCGGUGCACAAGCCCGAGGGCAUGCCCGAAAGCAGCCUGGUGAGGCGCGACCGCGAAGGCGCCAGCACGCCCGGAGCCACGUCGCGACGACGCCCGUAG